UUUUACACGCAAAUCCCAUUCCAUAACAUCCCGCGACCCAAUUUUAUUCUGUUGCCGUCAAUUCCCAGAACUGAAGAAGAACUCUGAUGAACAAAAGAAUGAGUGAUAACAUAUCCGAGAUCGAGAAACUAGAGUUACUUCACAAAUCGCAGGUCUUCAAGAUCAGAGGCAGAGACAAGCAAGGCCGCAAGAUCCUUCGCAUCAUCGGCAAGUUUUUCCCUGCUCGGCUGGUGAGCGUUGACCUUCUAAGAAGGUACUUAGAGGAGAGGAUUUUCCCGAAACUGGAGAAGAAGAAAUUCUCGGUGUUAUAUGUUCAUACCGGCGUUCAGCGGAGCGAGAAUUUUCCAGGAAUAUCGGCCUUGAGAUCAAUCUACGAUGCGAUUCCGUUGAAUGCAAAGGAAAAUUUGGAGGCCGUGUAUUUUGUGCACCCAGGCCUCCAGGCGCGGCUUUUCCUCGCCACGUUUGGCCGUUUUCUCUUCAAUGCUGGGUUGUACGGGAAGGUAAGGUACGUGAGCAGGCUGGCCUAUCUGUGGGAAAAUGUCAAGAGGAAUGAGGUGGAAAUACCAGAGUUUGUGUACGAUCACGAUGAAGACUUGGAAUAUAGGCCCCUGAUGGAUUAUGGAUUGGAGAGCGAUCACGCCAGGGUGUGCCAUCCAUCGUCCAUUGAAUCCCCUAUCUCCACCUACUCCAUGAGGUGCAUCUCAUAGGAUCAUUCCCCCUUCCCACUCUUCGCUUGCAGAGCACAAAAACGAAGGAGGAGAAACUAAGAACAGCUCAGACAGAUAGAACCUUUUUUUUUUUUUGGUUGGCGUUUGAACUAAAAUUUCGUCAUGUAUAUUGCAUAUGAAAGGCUUUUUUUUUUGUAUCACUUAAAGUUUUAUGUCCAUUUUAAAUUUUUAGCUGAUUCCCCUGUACUCCUGUGAAUAGAUAUUUUGGAAUUAAUAUCAUAUAUUAAGUUGUAUUUUAUUGUUCAGAGACCAAUCUAAUUUCAAUAAAAGGCCAUGACUCACAUAGUUAAUUU